UACCAAUUCGGUCCGUAUUAAACAAAAAACAUUCAAAAAAUGGCUCAAAUAAUUAAGUCUUUAAUAGCAUUAAUACUCGCGGUCACAAUAGUAAUGUUGUGGUUCUUUACUGAGUCAUUUUUUGAAUAUAAUGAAUUCAAAACGUUGUUCUAUAACGCCUAUACGUUUAAAAUUAUUCUGGGUUCUCUGGUAUUAUAUACCAUUAGUUACAUGUUGGUAACAUUAAUUUAUGAUGUGGUGUUCUCCGAGGAUGAUGAAGAUGAUUCAGAUGGUCCACGUGAAGUCCGGGUCGGAUUUCCAGAACACUUCUUUGAUGGAUUCGUAGAGAGAACCAGUAGAAUCUUCAGGUCGCUAAGCCCCACACGAAUAUUUGGAAUCGCUUGACUAUAGGCGUAAAUAAGAAUACGGCUGAAACAAAAUUAACAAGUUGUGUACAAUAAUCGGCGUAUAUUUUUUGAUUUAAUUUCCAUAUCUCCAUUAAUGUUUUCAAAAAAACCAACCGAUUAUGAUUAUAUUAUAACUGACUACUUAUGUUAAUCCGAAAUACAUAUAACAUAUUCAUCGA